UUAGGCAACAGAAACUCAAAUGGAAUGGCACACAUUACCACUCUGUUUUGUGCAAAACGACAAUUAUUUGACUGUGUCCAGACCUCGAUAAACCGAAUUUGAUCAUUAUUGCGAGAAAUCAUUAAAGUGGUCAUUGUCUUGACAUAGAUCAUUAUUAUUCAUUCUUAGUAAAUUAACUGAUGGUAAUUUGAGUCAAUUUGUGAUUUCACAAGUUGUGUGCGAAGAAAUUGGUAGCCCUUUGCAUCCGCACCCAGCUCACUUUCAAACAUUUUGGUGGCCCUGACUUAGCACAUUACUUUUAUUUAAUUAUGUUUCCUUUCUGUAUUUCACCUUUUAUUUUCCUCACCAUCACCUUUCAAGUAUACUGGAUUAUAUAUUGUGGGCAUUUUGUAUCACCACUGUGUUUACAUUCGGUGGAUCGGGAUUCCAACCGCAGUAGUAGUUCGUGAAUCAUCUUUUUUUCAAUGUCCAUUUACUUAACUAUCGAACCGUUCUGUCAGCGUCGCUGGAGCAACAGAAGCAAACACUGAUGUAAUGACGUUUCGUUAGAAAGAAAGCCAAACGUCAGAAACGCCCGCGGGAACGUUUAACACGGUUGACUGGUUUCGUCAAAUGAAUGGCCAAAUAGCUCCGGGAUCACGUGAUGGACUGAGUACAACAAAUGUUGGGAUAGUUUAAUGUCGGUAAUUGUUUGUUAUUACAAUAAUCAACCAUGACCCGCAUAUACAGAUUAAAAACAAAACAAGUUUACCGACGUAUUCACACUCAGACCUGCGCUUUCAGAUGAUGAGAUUUCACUAGAAGAGCAUAUGAUACAGCAUCUGCUAACCUGCACGUGUUGACCAUCCCCUCCGUUCAAAAUGUCCACUAACACAGAGUCUAUAAAAGUCGUGGUGCGUUGUCGUCCUAUGAAUGACAAAGAAAGGGCAGCCACAUUUGAGAGUGUGGUCUCAGUUGAUGUCAGAUUGGGGCAAAUAAUUGUCAGGAAUCCAAGAGAAUCUUUGUCUUGCAAGUCAUCAAAGGUGUUCACUUUUGAUUCGGUCUACAACUGGAAGUCAAAGCAAAUUGAGCUAUACGAUGAAAGCUUUAGGCCUCUUGUGGAUUCAGUUCUACAAGGAUUUAAUGGGACCAUCUUUGCAUACGGACAAACAGGCACAGGGAAAACAUACACCAUGGAGGGUACAAGAAAUGAUCCGGAAAGGAGAGGUGUUAUCCCCAACUCAUUUGACCACAUCUUCACUCACAUCUCAAGAUCUCAGAAUCAGCAGUACCUGGUGCGCGCAUCAUAUCUGGAGAUUUACCAAGAAGAGAUCCGAGAUUUACUCUCCAAGGACCAAGCACGGCAACUUGAGCUGAGAGAGAGGCCGGACACCGGUGUUUAUGUUAAAAAUCUGUCAUCGUUUGUCACCAGGAGUAAAGAGGAGAUCGAAAACGUCAUGAAUGUGGGCAAUCAGAAUCGCUCAGUGGGCUCCACCAACAUGAACGAACACAGCUCCCGUUCUCAUGCCAUCUUUGUCAUCACUGUAGAAUGCAGUGAAUUGGGACUGGAUGGGGAGAACCACAUCCGAGUUGGCAAACUCAAUCUGGUGGAUCUAGCCGGUAGCGAAAGGCAGACCAAGACUGGGGCUCAGGGAGAGAGGCUGAAAGAAGCUACUAAAAUCAACCUGUCACUUUCUGCUUUAGGGAAUGUCAUAUCGGCUCUCGUGGAUGGCAGGAGCAGCCACAUCCCUUACAGAGAUUCUAAACUGACCCGCCUUUUACAGGACUCCCUUGGAGGUAACGCGCGCACUGUCAUGGUCGCCAAUAUUGGCCCAGCCUCUUACAACCUGGAAGAGACUUUAACAACACUUCACUACUCCAGCAGAGCGAAGAACAUCAAGAAUACACCAUGCAUCAACGAGGACCCCAAAGAUGCCCAGCUCAGGAAGUUUCAGGAGGAGAUUGCCAGACUGAAGGCGCAGCUGGAAAAGCGUACGGGGAAGAAAAACAGAAGGCAUAAGAGGAGGGCCGGCGAUUUUAGCGAUGGUGAGGAUCAGGAAGAGGAGAGUGGAGAUAAUGAUGUUGACGAUGAGGAUGACGAAAAUAAGGAAGAGUACAACAUAGGGGAUUAUUGGAGGGAACAGCAGGAGAUGCUGGAGAAAGAGAGGAAAGCCAUCAUGGAGGAUCACAGCCUGGUGGCUGAGGAGAAAGUUCAACUCCUACAAGAGAAGGAGAAGAAGAUGGCUGACCUGAAAAGAGAGCAGAAAGAGGGAGAGCUACUGGCAACCAAAAUUAAGACAAUGGAGAGUAAACUCCUCGUUGGGGGGAAGAACAUUGUGGAUCAUACAAACGAGCAGCAGAGGAUGCUGGAGUUGAAAAGGCAAGAAAUUGACGAACAGAAAUGGAAAGAGCGAGAGAUGCGACAACAGAUGGAGAGUCGAGACGAGGAGAAUCUGGAGCUAAAAGAGACUUACACUUCUCUACAGCAGGAAGUUGACAUUAAAACCAAGAAAGUGAAAAAGUUGUUUGCCAAACUGGAGGCCGUGAAGGCAGAAAUCCACGAAAUCCAGGAGGCACACAUCAGUGCACGCCAGCAGCUGGAACAGACCCAGAACGAGCUUACCAGGGACCUAAAACUCAAGUCUCAGAUGAUUGACAAUUUUAUUCCGCUGGAAGACAAAAACAAAAUAGUCACCAGAGCUUAUUUUGACGAAGAGGAUGAAUACUGGAAGAUGAAACCAAUCACACGUGUUGAGCAUGAUCCUCGGAUGAUGAACAGGCCGCAGUCUGCCGUCGGAUUCAGAAGACCUCUCAGUCACCAUGCUCGCAUGGCCAUGAUGCUCAGCCUUGACAUGAGAUACAAAGCUGAAAAUAUCCUGUUGCUCGAAAUGGAUCUCCCGUCUCGGACCACCAAAAACUAUCAGCAGCCAGUAAUUGCCCCAAAGGUGGUGGCAGCUCUGAAGGAUGCUCUUAAGGAUGAGGACGAUCUCGAGGUGGAUGCAUCAGUAUUUGAUUGUAGCCUUUCGCCUGUCGCCAGUGCAAGUGGAAAUAUCAGGAAACCAAAGUCUGGUCGAUCAAGAACAAGCAAGCAGUUGAACACUCGCACUGCCUCUUGCAGCCCUCAAAAUCUUACCUCUCCAAUGUACCCACAAUCCCGUGGGCUGGUUCCCAAGUGAUUCUGCCAACAACUCUUCUUGUGCAUGUGUUAUCGCUGAAAUAUGAGCCAACAGACUGAACGGUAAUAUAAAGCAUGAUUUUCAUAUGCAUGAAUAUGAGACACACAAAAUAUGUGAGUAUUGCAUUCUGUUUUCAUAAAAAGGAAAUUAUUUUGCUUUCCGUUCACCUGCACAAGAUUUAAUUUGUUAGAUUGUGUUUUUGGUGUGAUUAAAUUUUUUUUUUUUUUUAGAUUGGAGUUUUUCUUGUAUGUUGAAUUAAAUUGCUCAUUAAUUGAACUGAUUGUAUGCUACUUAGGAAGAUGUGUACGAACGUUUUCAUGCUAAUCAAGCUUUUGUUUUUGGAUUUGCUCCAUUUGCCACAGCUCGUUUUCUGGCCACACGGGGGCAGUAUUGUGUCACAGAGAACUUUUCCAUUGACUCGCGAGCAAACGCUUUCAAUCUUGGCCUUUCAUCGCCAUCUCGUGUUUAUUUUCAAUAACUCUCGAGAGAAUUUUCACGCAGAGAACAUGUAUGGCUAUAAACCACAGCCAUCCAUGUGAAUAUACCUGCACAACCAUGUAAUACUUAAUUGUAAACUCGACAAGAUAGCAACAAAAUCUUCAUUUGCAUGUGUACCACUAAUCAACAAAUACGUCACACCUUUCAACUCCUUGAAUGGUUCCAACUUGCUAGCAUGCCAGCAUGUCAGCAUCAAUACAUGUUGCCCUGUGAUGUGAUAGGCGUAAAAGGGAUUUCAAACAUCUGUGGAUUGUGGUCGAGCCGUCCAGAGACCCAAAACACUUGACAGCCAUUUCAUCCUUGAGCAUGAAUCACUUCAACAUGUGUAACCUCCAACCAAUCAGAACUCAUUUGGGUCAGCGUUCCAAAAUGAUAUGAUGGGACUUUCUAAUCAUUUGUGUCCUUUGUCAGGCUACAUUUUUUUCGGGGCGGUAUUGUCUCCCUUAAAAAGUCGUCCCUGAGGAUGGAGAAGGGGGGGGUGGGGUCUUGCUCUCUGUGCUUUAGAAGAAUGUCUGAGUCAAUAAAAGUGUUUGUGAAGACUUUUUA